CAGGCUCGGCAUUGCGUGCGCGCGGAUGACGCAUGGGUCAGGUGACGCCUCAUAUAGCGCGAGGAGCUGUCCAGUGCUGAAACACACCGGGCGCGUUCACAUACACGGACAUGCUGUUUAGGCUCAUUCAACUGAUCUGAGAUCUGCAAAAAGGCGGUAUGAUGUCGUCGCUACCAAAACUGUCUGCCGGAGGAGUGGUGGUGCUGCUCGCCUCCCUCCUCCAAACUCUCACCGUGCAGGGCGCCUCCAUGCGUCACCACCGCCUGCGAGGUGGAGACCAGGGUGGCUUCUUAGCUCCCAGCGCUGAUAUGAUCAAAGCUCUGGAGUACAUCGAAAGUUUGAAGCAGAGAGCCGACGGACCGGAAAAUCCUACCGGAGACUACGAUGAGGUGGACAAAUUCAGGUUUCUGGUGCAGCUCGCCUCCCUACAGGAUGAGAACCCGGCCAAUCGUGAGGACGCCACCCACUGGCCGGACAACAAGGUGCCUCAAUGGGUUCGAUCUUUGCUUAGGAUGCUGGAACAGGCUGGAGAGAGCGUAGACACCCCGGCAGUAGCCGGCAACGAACGACGCCCUCACAAGAGCAGGCGCCCGAUGGCAGACGCGGAGAGCCCCAUCGGUGACUACGCUGGCUCUGUGAAGCCACACAAGAAAUAUCCGCUGAUGUUUGAGGACGAGGAGAACGGCAGAGACAGCAAGCGAGCGACUGAGGAUCUGGACGAGCAGUACACCCCUCAGAGCCUCGCCAACAUGAGAUCCAUAUUCGAGGAGCUUGGUAAACUGUCAGCCGCACAAAACCAGAAAAGAGAGAAGGAUGAGGAAGAUGGCGAGAAUGACGAUGACCUAUACAGGGUGAGAAACCAGGCGUACGAAGACGUGACUGGAGGAGAGGAAUGGGUGCCAUUGGAGGAACAGAUGGAAACAGAGGAAAUGGUUAAAGGAAGUCGUGAGGAAUAUGAAAGAGGAUUGGCAGAUAACGGGGAGCAGAGUGAGAUCAUAGAAAGGCGAGCCAGCCCCGUGGACGAGGACGAUCCAGACAAUGACACCAAACUUGAGGAUUACUACCUACUGAAGGUCUUGGAGAUGACAGAUCAAGCUCAAAAACGAGAUCUGACGGAGGGAAGGAGAAGGCUCCCAUCACGACCCUCUCUAAUCGACCCCAGGGCGAUCAAACAACUGCUAUCGGCUAUUUCGACAAAGCUCCAGGUGCCUCCUGAAGACCUGGUUGGAAUGCUAUUUAUGGAGGAAACAAGAAAGCAACAGCGCCUUCCUGAAAAUCAGCCGAUUAGAAAUCCCAGCCAGCCUCGGUACAAGAGCCGGGUUAUCAAGUAUUACAACGGCCGACAGCCAGAAGUUACGGUGAGCAACAUCCCUCAUGACGUCAAGACUGAGGAUAUCUUAAAAAUCCUUGGCAUGGGGAAUCUGGCCAACAAAAACGCAAAAUUAUCUUUUCUAAAGCAAAGGCCCUACAAAACAGCCAUGACGAAAUACUUCAACCCAAGCGGAAGACGGGGAAGCUUGAUCCUGUCCGACUUAAACAAACCUCUAAGCAAAAGAAAUGAUGAUUACGACGAUGACGACACCGUAGACGAAGAGUCGACCUUUCUCGCAGCCAAACUUCUCACGGAGUACCCGGACACCGAUCGCAAAAGAGCCAUCGAUUCUACCCCGAACGGACAGCUACCUUACGAGUUAUACGAGGAGGCUAUGAAAGAUUUCUUUGAUCACGUUGACAAUGGAAAAAGCACGCCCUCCAAAAGAGACACCCAGGCGAAAGAGGAGGCCGAGGCGCCCCAAAAGCCGCCCGCUCAAGAUUCAGAGAGCGGAGGGCAAACACCGCCCGCACCUGGAACAGAAGAAGUUAAAGAGCAUCACGGGAAAAUAGCUGCAGGAAUGUGAAGGGCCCGAUAUGUUUUUUCCACACCCAUACCCUGAUAAGUCCAACCUUUCAUCUUUUGACGGGGUUGCAACGAACGACUUCUGAACUGUCCAAUUGCAAACUGCUUGUAGUAAGAUCCAACCAGUCAGUCCUGCCGCGGGAGACUCUUCAGAUUAUGGGUGGGGUUAAAAUAACACCCAUGGGACAUGCCUAUAUCUCCUUAAAAGUCAUUUUAAAAAGUAAACCAAUGUUCAAAGUGCUUUAGUUUUCAUGGAAUCCUAUAUGAUGUAAAUACAUAUAUAUGGUAUAUCAGUGUGCAGGGAAGUUUAAGUGUAUUUUAUCUGUUUGGUGGUCCUCAAAACGUUUUCUUUAUUUGUUGGUAUCAAGAGAAUGUUCCUGUGUAGUCGUAUAGGACUCCUAUUGCUGCAAUCUUACAAGCUAUUUCAUUAUGAAACCAAUAAAGGUGGAUGUAAUUCUCAUUUCUACAUCAUUUUGUACGUGUUCUGACGUGUGAGAAGAGAAAUAAAGCAUUACUGUAUUAUU